AUGGCUGUCAACAACGGGGACAACCCCAAUUUUGAUGGAGAGGGAUCUGGGGCUUCCACUUCGGAUCAAGAAAUGCUGAAACGUGCUCGAGCAGCUCACGACAACGAGGACUUUUGCGCCUUGUCCGCCGGACCAGAGGCCAACGGACCCUGGAAACGCGUCGAAGCGGCGGACCGGUUUGUGGUUUUCCGACGACAAGUCAAAGCCAGCAGCAAUGAGAAGCGGCCAAAUGAGCUCGAAGUCCUCUGUGCCGGACGACUGGAUGCCAGUCUCGAAGAGGUGGCGAGUAUCCUCCGGUCCAGCUCCGAAGGCGAGCACAACGCUUCCAUGUCGGCACUGUACGCCAAGGACUUUAUCUUUGGGUCCUAUGAACCUUCGCGCAGACCGCAAUUCGCCAACAAUGAGCAAUGGUGCUACUUGGACUAUUUCCAACGCAAGCAAGAGCGUGAUGGCUUCACUAUCACAAAGCGUGCUCUGUCUCCCACUGAGUCGAGCCCAGGACGCAUCGCAGGACUGAACGCCCGCGUGGACCAACUGCACGGAUUAAGUGCCUCGUAUCUGGUCGACGUACUCCCCAAUCCCAAAGGUCUGCGCGUCGUCUUCCACGCCUGGUUUAACGUGGAAGAAUCCGCUGACAAACGCACGACGUCGAGGCGGAGAAGCGACGAAACGACCAGCUCCAACACCAGUUCGAACCACAUGGAGAGUUUUUCUGGACGUGUAGCUGCAAUCACCGUCUGUACUCGCUGUCAUGUCAACGUUCAAGCUUGUGAGUAUUCAGAGGUGUUCGCUGGGACAGCACAAGAGCGUGAGAAGCACAGUGGACCCCCGCGUGUUGUGGAAGACUCGGACGAAGCUUCAACUGUGUCGGUGCUGGUGGAUUUCCUCUCUGCUUCUCUGCUAAACUCACGCUCUAGUAGUGUAGAACACGUGGCUGUUAUGGAUGUAAUUCGGAUCCUUCUUCGACAAGAGAAGAGCUCUGACGACGAAGACGCUGAACGCACGUAUCUCUUGGAUCUACCGGGAGAUCCGAACAUCGACGUGCCACAUUCUCCGAUUCCAAGUAACGAGGCCGAACGUAUCGCCAGCAUUAAAUCUGCGGGGUUAUUGGAACUCGCCGACAUUUUCGCGCCGGAAACGCCACACACAGACAUGAAGGUUGUUGCACCUGAUGUCCACGACCUCGAGUUACUGUGUCAAUUGGCGGUGAAGACCUUGGGCUGCGCGUAUGCGUUCGUGACGAUCAUGUGUACGAAACACGAGCAUAUUGUGGUUGGCACACACCCCGGAUUCGUUGGAGCGGCCGUUCCUCGGGCGCAAACUACAUGCCAACAUGCACUGAUGUCUCCGUAUCCAUUCAUGGCAGCUCAUCACGAAGCAGACAUGUACAGCACUGCACAUUACUUUGCGUUCACGAUAGCUGCUACAGUGUUUGCGUCCCAGAAACGCCGAUUCAUCUUCAGGAACAACACGGUUUCAAGGUGA